AUGGCAUCUCAUUGUGGACCCACGACGUCUGCCCUGUUCCUGCUCUGCUGCGUGGGGAGCUGGCUGACUUCCCACUCGUUUCCCGCUCUAGGACCGACGGAGAGAGGGAAAAUAUUCAAGGAAUUACAGUUCUUGUCAAAGACACUUUUGGAAAACUACGUGAAGGAAGAAAAGGGGGUGCCCAUGUCCCACAGUUACACGCUACCGUGUCUCAUCCCCGAUGCCCAGCCACCAAACAACAUCAACAUCUCAGCCAUUCGGACAUAUCUCCAGACCAUCCAACAGUUAAGAGAUAACACAACUAUGGGUGAAAUCAUAGAACAUCUCGACAAACUCAAAUUUCAAGAUGCUUCAAAAACAAAAAUUUCCGCGCCUACAGGCACCCUUGAACACAAGCGCUUCAUCUUGACUAUCCUAACACAGUUUUCGGAGUGCAUGGAACUUGCGUCGAAACCAUCUAGCCCUGCAGCCUGA